GGUCAAAGGUAGAAGUUUUAUGUGAGCUCGUAUGUUUAACAGUAUUUACUCGCAUCGUUGCGUUGCUAAGAACAGUACAUGUUUGCAUUACUCUACUGAUUAGUUAUUUGAGGGUGAAUUUGCGGCUGGAUCUAUCAUGGCUGUAGUGGUGGCAAGUGUGCGUUGGUUACAGGAACAAGUUAGAGGAGAUACGCCGUCCCCAAGACAUGGCCAUGCCGUGUCCCGUAUCGGGGAUGAACUAUAUCUAUUUGGCGGCUGCAGCGCAAAGUCGGAGGUAAUUCAAGGCGAAGAAAAGAAGUCGAAACAAAAUGGGGAUAAUGUUAUAUUUUACAACGACUUAUAUAAAAUAGAAAUUACUUCUUUGGAAUGGCACAGGUUGACCCAAGUUGGGGACAUUCCGUCAAAACGAGACGGACAUUCGCUGUGUACAAUUGGUAAGCAUCUUUAUUUGUUUGGUGGCAAAGAUCAUCUUCUUUCUAUAAGAAAUUUAAAGGGACUCUAUCUGUUUGAUCCUCAUUCCCUAAACUGGGAAAAGUGUGAGACCGAAGGACCAGAACCAAGAAGUCUCAGCAACACAGUAAAUGUAUUAAAAGAUAAGAUAUAUGUAUUUGGUGGAAUUCACAGGUCACGUGCAUCUAACAACAUGUGGAUGUUGGAUACAAAUGUGCUAGUCUGGACGUUAGUAGAAACAAGUGGCUUACCACCCCCACGGAGGUAA